GCAAACUGCCCAACCUGCCAGUCCGCUGCGCGAUAGACUCACACUCACACGAAAUGGAAUAAUAACUAGGUAGCUGGAGUAAAUCCUGUGUUUACUUUUGUUUAUGUUUAUGUGAACGUGAGGCACAUGUAUUGUUUUCUCAGUUAGGGAGACAACUGCUCGACAAUUCUGGGAACCUUACCUUUGGAAUUCCGUGCGCGUUUUCGGAAGGCGCGCUCCAUCAGAAUUACGUAAGGGACAACAUGAUUUUGAAACAUAUGGAAUUUCUCUUGGUUCUACAAUACUUUAUUCCUUUGGUCACUCCAGAGGUUGCAGUUGAGAAAGAGUUGGUGAAUAACUUCCAGUGUUGCCUCUACUCCUCAAAGGCCAUGAACUGCAACUGGCUUCCAGCCAAUCAGGCCCCAGAUGACCUCCAGCUCUACUACUGGUUCUCUGGUGAAUCCCACAAAGCAGCAUGCAGUGAUUACCAGUACAGAGCUAGUGAGAAGACAGGAUGUCGCCUGAGAGGAGACUUCCUUGAACAUAACGUCAACUUCCACGUCAAUGGGACUUUCAAUGGUUUGUCUGUACAGAAUAUCUUCUGGGUAUUUCCUAUAAAUUGUGUCAAGCCCCCGGCCCCUAGGGUUAAGAUCACAGAGGAAGGGAAGGAUCUCAUUCUGAGCUGGGACCCUCCGGACUUAGCCGCUCACCACUGCUGGGUUUACAUCUUAAACUACAGCAAGUGUCAAGAGUCUCUGAGUAAGGAGAUACAAUACCAAUAUGAAAAUGUAGUUGUGGACGUGCCGUACGACCUGAGAUGCCAAUACAGAGUCCAGGUUAAAGCAGUCUAUAAGGAGUCAUGUGGGGCAGGAGAAAGCGACUGGAGCGAUGUGGAACUUUAUGGUGUGGAGGAUCGUCAUGUUGAUUGGUCGAUGACUGUAGUUGCCAUCCUCAUUCCUGCUGCAGUUGGCCUAUUCAUCAUCCUGUUUCUUUGUUGUUUCAUGAAGCACAGAAAUAAGCUUUUCCCCGAGAUUCCACAACCCUCAUUGAUUUUCAAGGACAUGGUGAACAGCAAUAAGGAACAGAAGAGCUCCAUAGGGAAUCCCUAUGUCCCGGUAGAGGAGGAGGUGGAAUGUAAGAUCAGCCUGACCCCUGAGAAACUACACACUGACCCAGUAGUGAUUACUACAGUACAGACAGAUACAGCUGCAGCCGGUAUGACCUGGGAGCUAAGUGACUUCAGUGUCAUUGACCGACACUCAGAGCAAGCCAUUUUAAGGUGUACCCCAACUGCAUUGCUGAAGAUUGCCAGGACUUGGAGCUCCGCAGUCGAUGUACCACCUUAACAACUUGGAUACAGACGGAGAGUGUGUGGAGUAUGGACCGUGGAGAAUGGAGACACCUUUUUCCUAGACUGUUUUGAGGUGUCGACGCAAUGACUCCUGUAUUGUUCUGAGUAACAUGUGUGGAAGUGGGGGGGAUGUGUGUGUCUGUUUGCUUGGGCAGAUACUAACAACUGUUCUCAUGAACCUCUUGCAUCCCACAGCUUGGGGUCGUAGGUCAAAUGUCAGACGUUAUCAGAAAGCCAGUGCAGGAAACGAGGAGGAGCUGGACUCAUAACCCUCACUCCUCAACCAAAUGGAACAUUGGUAGGCAGUGCGCAAAGAUAUGCCCAGGCAGCAUCACAGGCUUUAUCUGACU